AUGUUCAUAAAGGCAAAAGCCGUAGACAAAACCAAAGCCGCUGCGUUCGAUCGCGGCCACUUCGCGCUCAGCUCAAGAGUAGCACUCGCAGAGCUGCCCAAGCGGUCCUAUUACUAUGAGGGAGAGCGGCGCGACACCGAAGUGGACGCGGCGAGGUCUGACUCAUCGUCGUCCUCGGUUUCGAGCAGUCGCUGUUCCAGUCCAAACACUGUGGGCUCACAAUGCCGCGCUGCCGUGUCCCGACCGAAUCAAGGCAGUAGCGAGAGCGACGGGGACAUGAGCGAUGAUGAGGAAGUCGUUCGACGCGCUCGUGCGGCAACGCAGGCGCUAUUCAGAAGCUCGCGGCCAGCGAGUGCGGCAGUUUCGAACUUUGCCCGUUGUGAAGGCGACGGGACUGCUGCACCACCGAACGCACGCCUGGAAAAGUACCUGCGGGGGAGGACGUCAUUCUCGCUGCCUAUCAAGCACUCGGGACUGACCGCUUCUGCGCCAGCACCAAGCUCACGUCCCACAACGGUGUGGGGUACUUCCAGCAAUACUGAGAAAAAUCUGUCCCAGCCACAGAAGGGGGACUACCACAAAAGCCACAUCCCUGAGGCAUCUUCAACUCCCAGCGAUGUCUCUGGCGUCGCCAAUAACGCCUCCAUUGCGUCGAGGAUUCUUCCAUCCGCCAUGGAGCGAGCACUUCAGUGGCACACAACCAAUUCUGAGUUUCAGCAGCUCAUGACUCUCCUCGCGCAAGAUGUGCAACGCGAGCAACACGAUGACUUGCCGCCCGCUGCGGUUAGUGUGGCUAACCCAUCUGCUGAGAAGGCGUGGCCGCAGUCUCUGACGUCUUCCUCGACCACGAGGCCAACCUCAACCCGGACGUACGUUCCACCGUCGCGGGCGUUUGCGGCGCUGGAGGACAAAGCGCUGGAGCAGCUCUACGAAGACUGGUGUCUGCAGCGUGGCAGAGACGACGAGGAGGAGGGGAACGGGGGGCAUGCAUCGGGUGACACAGCCGCCAUCGGUUCUAAUGUGUUCAUUGCGGCAGACCACCGCGCCACCGCUUUCUCCGUCGCUGCAUGGACGGCGCAUCAGUCGGCUUCCACAUUGCUGCGACAGGACAGCGCCGCGAUGAGUGGUGUUGGGACUGCGGCUUCCUCGCACCGCGUUUCUGACGCCCCCUUCACGUGGGAAGAACUUCUCCAAAGUGAGGUAACCCGCCGUAACACCCGUCAUGCCCCCGCGUACGGUCUGGGAAGCAGCGCGAUGCUGAGCAAUCCAGCUGCGCUAGCUGACCAGGCAACUCGCAGCCUGCAGCGCUUUCUUCAGUCCGUGGCUUGCGUGGAGCGACUCGUGCGCGAUAGUCGCUUCAUGCGUAGCGUGGCCAUGUUCCUCUACGAGCAUCACAAAGUCUUCCUGCCCCACUAUCGCCUCGUCGCCACCCCGCCAAAAGCCGCACAGGACGCGGCGAUCAGCAACGAAGGAGAAGACCUCCAUGCAGACUUCUCGGCGCAUGUGGGUGUAGAGCACUCACACGCAGAGCACCACGUGUACGAGGAGUUCGGAGAGCGCGUAUCAGCCGCACUGCUGUCGGUGCUGACUUACCACGUGCCUGGCUUUGACGAGGCCGAAUUCGUGGAGGCCCUGUACGACACGCCAGCCACCUGCGUGACGACGGAGGACGCAGGGGCUGCUUCCGUGGAUGGCCUAGGGUUUGGAGGUUUACAGAAUGUCCUGUCCUUUCCCGCGUGGCGCCUGCUGCUGGCCAUGAGCGGAUUCGAGAGUUUCUUCCAGUGGAUAAUGGAUUACAUCUACGAAGAGUAUGACCUUGACAGCGGAAGUGAAGGGGACGCGCCGUCAGUUGCUGUGGCCGGCGUGCGUGGUUUGCGUGCACUUAUUCGGUCUACGUACAACCGCCCAGCCGCAACGAGCGCAGAUGACAUGCCUGACGUUGACAUGCAAAAAGGCGCUGUCCCGCCGAGUGCGACGAGACAGCAGGAAACGCCGCUGCACACGCCAAGCCCUCCAGUGUCCGCUGACACGAGUGACUCUCUCGGGCCUCGUCCCGCGUCGGAGCCUCAGCAUUCUUCCCUGCAGCCAUCUCCCUCGACCACACGUCUGUCGCACACACCUCCCCCCUCUGCUAUGGCAGCACUCUCGGUGCGCGCCUCGCUUCUCUCAAGCGAACGGGGCAGUGGUGCGCAUCUGCGCAAGUUCUUCCCUACUCCUCCCGCAAGCGCCGAAAAGGCAAGCGGUGGACUGAAUGACAUCGGUGUCCCGCCCUAUCGCAGGCGGGAAACCACGCAUCCUAGAAGGGACCUUCCUCCCAUCACGCCGAAGGCUAACUCGAUGAUGUCAGCCAGUGGCAACAUGACAGCGAGGUUUGGUGAGCUGUCGUCUUCGGCAAGUGACUUGGGGUCAGCGCCACCUCCGCUGCGGAGCGAAAGAAAUCUCGAGCAACCUUCCGCGGCUUCAUCGACCCACGCCUCCACGUUCUCCACUCACGCACAGGCACAAGCGGUGCACCCCCUUGCACCGAAAACUUCCACAGGGGUGCCUCUCCAAGUAGCAGAUGCGUCCACCGCACAACGCGGAGGCACCACUCGCGGCAAACCCCGUUUCUCCUCCCGCCCACAUACUAAGGCUGGCACCGCGCAGAAACAAAAGCCGCAGAUUCCUCGGUUGAACCGCUGA